GAAUAGUAUUUAACCUGCUUCCUCUCGUGUGCAUACACAAGAAAUGUUCCGCUCGGCGCUCUCCGUAAGCAAGCGUACCUACUUGCUUGCCUUCAACAGCAAGGCGAAGGCGCGUCCAAAUUUUGGUCUUCGCGGCGUCGGCUUCUGGUCCAGCGAGGUCUACCACAAGCCCGGCCAGAACUACUGGAUGGCACUGUGCUGCGGAGGUCCCUUUCUGCUCGUCGGUGCGAUCAUGUGGGACGGCUUCUGGUCGAAGCUUGAUGAUAUUUCUGGAGGCGGUCCGAGUGCCUUGGAUUAUGGCUGGCGUUCUCAGGAUCGCAAACCAUGGGACUUCUCCUUUGAUAUUGGUGAGGGUUACGCCGCUGGUCCGGCUACGCUUCGCCCUGCUCCCGGUGCCGUUGAGCUCGCCCACCAUUAG